AAAAAUACACUUGAAUUUGUAAAACUUCUCUAUCAUUCGUAAGAAGGCUUUCCUACAGAACAGGUCCAGAAUCACAGGCAGAAGAAAAUGAGGACUAUUAUUUUAUUUCACUGCAUCCUAUCUGCAUUCACAAUCUCCCCGAAUGACUGGCAGCAUCCACAUUACCGGUGUUUAGAGAAUGAUUGCAUAGAGCUGACCGGACUUCACAUUGCAAGCACCAUAAAACUGGAUGGAGAUAGCGGAUGUGACGACACGCACUAUACAGCACAAACACAACCCGUUAUAAUUUCUUAUAAGUGUUUGAAUAAUAAAACCGAGGGCUAUUCUUCUGUAAAUAUCAUCGUUUACGAUCCAAUCUUCGAUGGAACGAAAAGAGAUGUACCAGAUAGCACAACAACAACCGAAACAGCAACUGCAAUGUACAGAGGAGGUCAUGGUGCUCACAAAUUUACCAUCAUGUGUAAGGACAUUCCAAACGACGAAGUCACUCAGAAUAUUGAACAUGUGUUCGACUACGCGGAUUCUGUCGAUCCCGACACAGAGGCCAAUGAUAUAGAGAUGCGAUUUAAGGACGAUAAUAGCAUGGAGGCUCAAGACAUCAACAAUAUCUACAUAGGAACACAAUUUUACAUGUAUAUCAAAUACAUUGGAACACACCAGUAUUGGGUGGUUCCGGAAAAAUGUGAGGCAUUCGAAGGAGUGACUGUCCCUAGAGACCCAAAUGUAGGAUCUAGUAACUCCGAAGAGUUGUGGAAUUCUACACAAUAUGGAUGUGUGAAAAAUCAUUCACUUAUUGAUUCUUUUGAAAGAGUGAAUGCAACCCUAAUAUAUGCAAAUAUGUAUGGUUUUCGAUUCCCUCACGAUGAUUACAUAACGAUUGGAUGUGAUGUUCGACUGUAUUCUCAAGUGACGAAGGUAACCUCUCAACCUCUCUCUCUACCGCUCUCUCUCUCUCUACCGCUCUCUCUCUCUCGUUUGUUUAUCUGGCAAUGUAAGAGAACGAAACACAUUAUUGUUUAUAUUUAGACUAGAGCCAACACUAUAUUAGCUGGAAUACCAUUUUUAUGCCCUGGGAUCGAAGAUCAGGGCAUAUUGUUUUUGUCCUGGCUCUGUCAUUCUGUCUGAAACUGUAACCCUGCUAAUAACUUUUGAACAGUAAGUGCUAGAACUUUGAUAUUUCACGUGAGUAUUUCUUGUGACAAGACCUAUCCGUGGGUACCAACAUUCCUGACCCUGUGACCUUGACCUUGGCACUUCACCUACUUUUU